AUGUCAUGGCUUAUGCACAGUCCUCGUACCCCCACCUACUUAAUUCCCUGUGUUCUUGCGCUCUCUCUUUUCUCCCUCACCGGGCUUCUCCUUUACAAGGUUGACGACGUCGUUUCGAGGACCGGAACGGUGGUGGGUCACAACCUAGAACCGACGCCGUGGCACGUUUUCCCACACAAGCCCUUCGACGAGGAGACUCGCCAGCAGCGCGCGUAUAAAAUCCUACAGUGCUCCUACUUGACGUGCCGUUACACCACCGGAGACGGCGGUGGAGAGCGGCGGAAGUUUCCCGGCGGUGGGGGGCAGUGUCCGGAAUUUUUCGGGGCGAUCCGGAGGGACCUAGAGCCGUGGAUGGUGAGCCGGAUCACGAAGGAUCACGUGGCGGCGGCGCAGCGGCUCGCGGCGUUCAGAGUGGUGAUUGUUGGAGGGAAGAUGUUUGUGGAUUGGUACUAUGCAUGUGUGCAGAGUAGGGCGAUGUUCACUCUGUGGGGGUUGUUGCAGCUUCUGAGGAGGUACCCUGGGAUGGUGCCUGAUGUGGAUAUGAUGUUUGAUUGCAUGGAUAAGCCUACUGUUAACAGGAUUGAAUACCAAGGAAUGCCCGUGCCUCUCUUUCGGUAUUGCACCACAAAGGAACACUUUGACAUCCCUUUUCCGGAUUGGUCCUUCUGGGGUUGGUCAGAGAUAAACAUACGACCCUGGGAUGAAGAGUUCCCAGAUAUCAAACGAGCUUCUCAAGCAGUUAGUUGGAGAGAUAGGAUACCACGGGCAUACUGGAAAGGAAACCCAGAUGUUUCAUCUCCUAUUCGUAUGGAGUUACUAAACUGUAACCAUUCUAGGAAGUGGGGAGCACAAAUUAUGCGUCAGGAUUGGGAUGAAGCAGCUAGAGACGGCUUUCAUCAUUCAAGACUUGCAGAUCAGUGUAAUCACAGGUAUAAGAUCUAUGCCGAAGGGUAUGCAUGGUCCGUGAGUUUGAAAUAUAUUCUCUCUUGUGGUUCUGUUGCAUUGCUUAUAGCACCCCAGUAUGAAGAUUUUUUCAGCCGUGGCCUUGUUGCAGAUCAAAACUAUUGUCUUAUUGAUCCCCUAAAGCUAUGUCCAUCUAUAAAGUAUACUGUAGAAUGGGGAAAUCAACACCUAGAGGAGGCAGAGGCUAUAGGGAGAAGAGGACAGGAAUUUAUGGAAAGCUUGACCAUGGAUCGAAUUUAUGAAUACAUGUUCAACCUUAUCUCUGAGUACUCAAAACUUCAAGACUUCAAGCCUACUCCACCACCAACAUCCCUGGAAGUUUGUGUAGAAUCUCUGCUUUGCUUUGCUGAUGAGAAGCAGAGGACGUUCCUCACUAGAUCAACUGCAUCCCGUGCAGUAACCCCGCCAUGCACUCUCAGACCUAUCUAG